AUAGUGGCCCGGAGCCACCCAAGGGACAGCGACACACACCUUGAGACCACUGCUUGAAUACAACAUGGCAAACUUCUCUGUAGAAUGGCUUUCCAAAAGUUACUAUGAGGAGAUGUCUCAUUCAAAAGUCCAUAGAGAAAUGGAAGAACUUACAAAAGCAGCAAGAAGCCAAUACUCUCCGACCUCGCCAAACAAUAGUUGCGGUUACACUUCGGGCUCUGAGAGCGAGGUGGGAGAUGACAGCGAGGGGGAAGCCACCCAGCAACGAAGGAUGAGGACCAAAUUCACCUCCGAGCAGAUCGGCAAGCUGGAGAAAACCUUCAGCAAGCACAAAUACCUGGGCGCUACACAGAGGAGGAAGAUCGCUGAGAAGCUCAACCUCUCUGAAACUCAGGUGAAAACGUGGUUCCAGAACAGGAGGAUGAAGCUGAAACGGGAGGUCCAGGAUCUGCGUCCUGAGUUUCUGUCUGUCCCGGCCGGUCUGCUGCCGCCUCUGCUGUUUCAGCACCCCGUCCUGAGUGGACAGCUCCCCGCCGGCAGCGGCUUCUACCCGCAGCUGCAGCCGCUCCACAGGACGGUCCUGCCCGCUGCACUUCUGCACCAGCACCGCUCCCACCCCCCGGCCAUCCUGCAGCCUCCACACUUCUACUGAACGCGGCCCCUCCGCCUCCCCCCCAAAAUAUGUUUUUGUCUAGAAUCUAGAUAUUUUUCCAUCUCUCUCUCUCUCUAAAAGAGGGGUUUAAAAGUUGUUGAUAUAGUGAAUAUAAUAAUUGCCUUUAAUAUGUCUGAAGCACUAUAGUAUAUAUUGACGUUACUUGUAUGUAUGAUUAAUGUAAUGUAAAUAUAUUUGCUGCAAAUGUUCUAUGUUUUAUGUGACAAAUAAAACAAAAUCAAAGAAUA